GCUUUCCAUGUGUUCACUCUGAAUAAGCAUCCAAAUGCAUUGGCUUUCCAAGUAUUUCUCCACCCCCUUUUUAUCCCAAAUAUCAAAUAUCAAUGUUAUCAAUCACUACUCUCCAAAUUUAGCAUCACAGUGAGAGGAUUUAUGCCCCAAAGAUUUCAUCUUUCUUGUCCUCAAAUCUUUGCAAUCUCCUGAAUCCCCCUUUUUCUUCCCCUCCUGGGUCUUCUUGCUCUUCCUCUUGACUGGUGUUUUGCCAAAGUGAUUGUGCUGGUUGAUAUUGUUUGUUGUUUGGGCUGGUUCUCUCUGUGGGCAAGAGAAAGAAAAGGGGCCGCCUUUUCUGUUAAAUCACAAUCGGUCACAGACAGGAAAAUGGCUGGACAUGGGCAUGAUGUUCAGACCUCAGUUGAAGUAUUUGUGACUGACCAUGCCAAUGUGAGUGUUUCCAUCAACCCUCAUCAAUUGCUCGAGAACAACAUGAUUCCACAGCCAGAGCAGUCGGAAAGUGUAUGUGUUCCUUCCCUGACGUCCUGUGAAACAAACAUGUCAAUUGUGAAUGUUUCUGAGACUGGAAGUGCUGGAAUGGGCUUACAGCAGUCACAUGCACCUAUUUCUAAUGAAAUUGAGGUUGUCAUCAAUACUGAGAGCUUAUUGGAGCAGGGAGAUGAACAAGAUGUAGAAAUGGGAGACGGUGAGGCUACCCGAGGCUCACACAAACGAAAGACAACUGAACAAGAGCGUGGCCAGUCUUCUGAAAGUGAAACUCAAUUUGUCCAGAGCUCACGGACUUUUGUUCCUGUUUCCGCUGAUGAUUCUAGCCUUAUAAUCAUGUUUGACUCCAGCAAUGUUUCAGAUGAUACUCUUGAAGAAGAACGCCCGAAUCAGAGAUUGAGGAUUGAAGCUGAAAAUUUACCAUUUGAUGCUUAUCCUGCUGAUAACGUGGCUGGUGACGCCGAAAAUGAGAUGUUGAAUUCUAUGAUUGGAAUCCACCAUACUGAUCAGGAAGAUCAAUCUGCUAUUGUCGCUUCUGAUCAGACACUAGAAGCUCCUCCAAUGGAUUUGGAUGCUGCGAACACAAAUCUGAAUGGCCGCCUCGUUUGUCAGUGGCUUUCUUUCUUGCCUCAAAGCAUCAGUGCUUUGAUAUUGCCAGAGGCUUUUGCUGCCACCAUAGAGGAUCUGAUCAAUUCUAUCCCUGCUGAGGAUUUGCAAGCUGCAUCCAGCGAGAUAGCAUUUAUGGUUAACCAGCAAUCCGAGGGGAGUUCAGAAGAUGCUAAUGGUGAUAACACUGAGAAUUUGAUUGUAGGUUUGCAAAAUGAGGACUUGACCAAUGAAAGCAGUAUCAUACCUAGUGAUAGGACUGGCAUUACAGAGACUAGUGUAGCAAUUGGAUCCCGUCAAAGCACCUCGCACCUCAAUCAUCAUCAAGUGAGACUGUUGAAGCUUAUUCACCAAUAUCUUUUACCUUAUGUUCAUGCACAACGAGGGCAUACUCCUAGUAACACCCAAUCAGAAGCCCCUGCUGGUAGCUUUAGCUCUUUAUCCAAUCAGAAUCAGAUGAACCAAAUCGAGAGAGACCAGCGAUCUCAUUCUAAUGUUGAUCCCCAACCAUUCUAUGGUUUAGCUGGUUUCUUGGAUCGGGACAGCGACGAUGAUGAAGAAACUGAUUUUCCCCCAUUGAUGCAAGCCUCUUGGCAGGGCCGUGCAAGAGGAGCUUAUGGAAUCAGCGAGUUACAAUUUCUCUUCGGCCAAGAUUAUGUGCGCAGGCGAGGUUCAUUUCGGUCUGAGAGUUCCCGCUACUAUGACCGCCAUAGAGACAUGCGGCUUGAUGUCGACAACAUGUCAUAUGAGGAAUUACUGGCGCUUGAAGAACGAAUCGGUGUCGUGAGCACUGGACUCAAUGAACAAGAGAAGUCAAAAUGUAUGAAGCUUUGGACAUUUGCAUGCGCUCCAUCACCAGAAAAAGAGCCGGAACCAUGCUGUAUUUGCCAAGAAGAAUUCAUUGAUGGCGCAGAAAUGGGGUCUCUGAUAUGCGGCCAUAAUUUUCACGCCGAGUGUAUAAAGAAAUGGCUGGAUGACAAAAAAAUAUGUCCAUAUUGUCGGGAAUCUGCUGUCGAUGAGAAAUCGCAGCCGUAGAUAUGAGUCAGUAAAGUAGAAAGUUAGAAACAAAAAAAUCCCCAUGGAAUAGAUACAUCGAAAAUACGUGUUCUAUACUAUUAAAUUGACUUGGAACUAUUUGGAUUGGUUCGGCAUCUAGUUGAACAUUGGUAGUCAUUUAGCUUUAA